GCGGGUCGAUUUCUAUCCCCUGCCGCGCCUCCAUCCACAAAACCCUCGAAAACCCCCAAAUAUCACCGCGCCCUCGAGAAAACCCCUCUGCUUCUCUCCGUCUCUCUCUCUCUCUGAUUUUUCCCCACCUUAGAAGGUAUGCACCCUCAGCGCUCUCCUUCUCUCCAUCGAUCUUGCUUUCUGCAACUUGUUGCUGAAAGGUUGUCCAAAAAUCUCCAUUUUUUUGGCUUGAAGUCAAAAAUCUGGUGAAUUUCUGACAUCAUGCAGGCUCUAAAAGCUGGCUGGGUUGGGCAAACAUUUGCUUUAGCGAGACGGGAUGAUUUUGGAGAAAAGAAACCUCGCCGUCGACGAACGAAAGAGGAGAGAAGAGCAAUGGUCGAAUCUUUUAUAAAGAAAUACCGUACUUCAAACAGUGGGAAAUUUCCUUCUCUAAAUCUCACACAUAAAGAAGUUGGUGGGUCUUUCUACAUUGUACGAGAAAUUGUGAGAGAUAUAAUUCAGGAAAAUAAAGUGCUAGGUCCUGGUGAUGCAAGCUUGAAGGCAUUGAAUCUUGAAGCUGGCUUAGAGGAGCAUGCAUCAGGGUCCACAGAUCCUGGUGUUUAUCUGUCCAUAUCAUCUAUGACGCAUGUGGCUGAUCAUGACGGGAUGGAAAUGUCUUCUAUGGCUAAUGAACAUCAAAGUGAAGAAAGCUACGAAUUAGUAAAAUCUGAUGACCAGGAAAUAUUUGCAUCUCAUGCAAAUGAUGUUUCUGUUGCUGAAGUUUGGCACGAUAAAUCCUCUGAUCAUUUGCAGUACUCCAAUGGUCCAAGUCCAUAUGAUAUUUUAUUUAAUGCACAGAAUAAAGAAGAAAACCUACAGAAACCAUCUGGGUCGAUGCAUGACAAUACAGGAAUUCAUGAACAAAAUGAUCCUGUACCUCAAGGUAGUCUAGAAAACUGUGGAAUUCAUAAGAUUGAGCAGUCACAUCCUUUCAAUCAGUCUGUAUCCAUUACUUCUCCAACAAAAGGAUUGAUGCUGGAUGGAAAAGAUGUUGAAAAGAAAAGCAGAGGUGUGGCUGAGGCAACUGAUAUUUUUGCAGAAAGCAAUGUUAUUCCUACAUUAACUGGGACAGAUGUUUUACCAGAAGCAACUAUCUCUGUUGACUUUGUCAAUAGCAAUGUAUCUGAUCAACUGGUGGAUCAGUUAGAUUCUGGUGCUAAGGAUAUUUUCCCAACAGCAACUUCUUCUAUCAAUAGUUGUGACUUAGAUUUAAGCCCCCUGGAAACCAAGGAGUUAAUCAACUCCCAGGAAGUAUCAGGAAUGCAAAAAUCAGAAGUGGAGGUACCCUUCAUGCCAGGCAACAAAGUUCCCAAUAUAAACAGCAUAAAAUCUGCAGGAACUAAUACUUCCAGUUCAGUUAAUAAAGAAGAAACAGUCCUGACAUCAAUGAUUUCACAAACUUUAGUUUCUCCUGCUUCUGAAACUUCAAGCACUGAGGCACUGCCUGUGCUGCAGCCUAAUGAUAUGGAGAACAUGGCCAUGAAAACAGAAAGUGCUUCAAGUGUAUCACUUUCUCCCAGUGCCAUGGAAAUAUCUGACUCUGAAUGCAGCACCAAGCAUGAAAAUAUUGCCAGCAAUAUUGACAGAGGUAGCAAUUGUAGCAGCAAAUCAUCUGGAAAGGCGAAUAAGGAAUUAGAGACGGCAGAAGUCAACCCAGUUUGGGCAACCAUAAAAGCAUUUAUUGAUGCUGUUAUCAAAUUUUGGACUGAAUGAGGCCUUUUAUUGUGAAAAGUCACUGGAAGAGUGCAAUGCGAGGGAUGCUUUCUUUGUUCCUAUUUGAUGAAGACCUCCUCCCUUUUCUCCAACAUUUUUUUUUUGUAAAAAAAUAUUGGCUGUUUAAUAACUGAAGUUUGUAAUUGAUGAUCAUGAUUCUGUCGUUUGGUCAUGUAUGAUGGCCCAUGUAAUAGUUAUUGAUCCUAAAACAACUUAACUUUAUUUUGGCGGUAUUGUAAAAAUAUUAUCCAAGAGCCAGCUCUAGAUUUAAUAAUGAACAAAAAGUUAAGGUCUUUGUGGCA